AGCCACCUAAAUUGUGGGGUCCUUCAGCUUUCUUCCUGAUCCACGUAGAGAUUUGUUAUGAUUUUUUCCCCACACUUUUGGUUAUGUUUACAAUGACAUUUGUUUAUUUCUACCCCAACGACAUCACACUCGCAUGUUCCCUUGUUAAACCUUGGAAAUAGCCCGAUGGUAGGGGAGGUUAUUUGACAUUUGGACGUCGUUUUAAACGCAUGCAAAAUGUCCUGGUUUGCGGAGUUUGCCGGCAAAGCGGAAAGCUUCCUGAAUCAAGUCGACCAAGGCGCAGCCACCGCCUUAAGCAAAGGUCACAACAAAACAUCCUCCCUGGCGUCAUAUUACGAUGGAGACAGCGCGAUGGUCCAUCCUGAAUACAAGGCGGAAACCGGGGAAAUGUCUCAUCACGCGUCAAGCUUCAUCUCUUCAGCGGCUGGCAACAUCAAGAAGUCUGCUCCUGCGACAGCUUCGGCCCACAAACAAGCACUGGGCAGAACUUCUAAGGCCCCGCCCUCUGCCUCCUCCUCUUCCUCCGCCUCGUCAGGCUUUGUGAAGCGCAAAAAGAGUGCGCAUGAUGUGGACGAUGAUAUGCUCUUUGACUUCUUGAAUAGUUCAGAGCCGCCAGUUAGUGUAAGACGCGACUCCAGGCGUGAUGCCAACAUGAAAGGGGGAAUCGCAGAGGCUAAAACUCCAACUCCUACGCCUCCUGCCGCUGGCCCUUCAGUUUCAUCCAAGUCACCCCGCCACGCCGACGUGUCCGGGUCAUCUAGCCUCGACUCGCUGUCUGUUCACAGCAUGAAAACAUCAGAGGACAGUUCAGAGAAAGAGCAAAGCCAAGCCAGUCCAGACUCAACUGAGAACUUGGACUCGGGCUUGGCUGCCCCUCAGGAUUCUGGCCAACAGGAGUCGUGCGGUCCUUCAGAGGAGGCACAGGGCCAGGUUCUGUCCAGCCUGCGUCUGGAGAACCAACUCCUACGUAGUGAGGUGGCCUCCCUCAACCAGGAAAUGGCUUCGAUCAUUCAGAGAUCAAAGGACAUGCAAGAAGAACUGAACCACACACGGCUGCGUGUUGACGAAAGGAACUCCGAGCGGUCUCAAAGCGACCGUGCUCUGCGGGGUAUGCGCUCGCAGGUGGAUGACCUGAACGAGGCGCUGGCCGCCAAAGACGGGCAGCUUGCCGUGCUCAAGGUCCGACUGGACGAGGCCGACCAGCUGCUGAGAAGCCGCAGCGUGGCGCUGGAAGAGGCGCAGAAGGAAAAGUCCAGAAUCUUGGAGGACCACACAGAAGGCAGCACUUUGCACUCCCAAGCUCUGGAGACCGUGCAGGAAAGGCUGCGGGAAGCCGAGCAGAACAUCAGGAGAGAGGCGGACAACUAUCGACAAAUGCAGAGCGAAUAUGCCAGCCGGCAGUCACGGCUGGAGAGCGAGCGGCAGAGCCUGGCCGAGGCGUUGACAGCGGCGGAGAGGCGCGCCACAGAGGAGAAGCUCCAGGUGGACAGCCUCCAGCAGCAGCUGAGGAGUGCCAAGAACGCCGCCGAGAGCGCCAAGCAAGAGUUGCAGGACUACAAGCACAAGGCCUCGCGCAUUCUACAAUCCAAAGAGAAGCUGAUCAGCAGCCUUAAGGAGGGCUCCAGUCUGGACACGCUGGACGGCAGCGGUGCCGCCGCUGUGGAGAUAGAGGAGUUGCGGCACGAAAAGGAGCUACAGAGAGAGGAGAUUCAAAAGCUGCAAGGCCAAUUACACUCGGUCCGGACUGAAUUACAGGAUUUAGAGAGCCAGUCCCUGGCCGAAGCGGAAACGUGGCGGCAGCAGACUGCGCAAUUUGAGGAACAGACGGCGGCAUUGAACCGUGUCAGACAGGAGCUGGAAGCCGAGGUGGAUCGGCACAAACAGGAGCUGCACUAUGUGGAGGAGGAGCAGAAUCGUACUAAAAGCACAUUGCAGAGCCGGAUCAAAGACAGAGAAGAUGAAAUUCAAAAACUGAGAAAUCAGUUGACCAACAAGACACUGAGCAACAGCAGCCAACCGGAGCUGGAGAACCGCCUGCACCAACUGACUGAGACGUUGAUCCAGAAGCAGACCAUGCUGGAGGCUUUGGGCACGGAGAAAAGCUCGCUUGUCUUCCAGCUGGAGCGCCUGGAGCAGCAGCUCAAGAAUACCCAGGGGGGUCCGAGCACAGGGGGGCCAGCUAUCAACAUGAGCGGCAUCGAGGGGCCAGGAGCCAGACAGAGAAACAUUCCGGUGCUUUUCAGCAAUGAAGACGGUUCUGGCGUAUAUGGGAAAGUGCAAAAGGCUGCCAGCACUAUUGACCGCUUCAGCAUCAGACUUGGGAUCUUCUUGAGGCGCUACCCAAUGGCGAGGAUUUUUGUCAUCUUGUACAUGGUGGUGCUGCAUCUUUGGGUGAUGAUUGUGCUCCUGACUUACUCUCCAGAAAUGCAUGAAGCCCACCCCGAUGGAAGCUAGGUGAAAACGUCACUGGCUGCUGAACUAUAUGGGCUCCGGGAUCUGAUUUAAUAUUUUUUUGCACAUAGAGACACUUGCUGAUCAAGUCAUCCAUUAACUGACAAUGGCAGUAUGUUUAAAGCAGUUACUUUAUUCAUUUCUUGCGAACUCACGAGCGGUAUUUGGGAGGAAAGGCACCUGCUUGCCCUGCUUUCAGAUACUUGAGAGAUUGUAUUUAACAAUGUAAAAAGAUUAUUUUAAUAAAAGACUUAAACAUUGCAGCGUUGUACUAAUGUUAAUUAAUUGCUCUAAGUUUGAUUUCGACCCAAAGUCUUUUGUUUUGAAGCAGAGAACGUCGGGGAAACACCACUGUGGUUAGUUUAGGUUACUUGUUGAUGAUUUCAAUAAUGAGGACUUUUCAAAGUUAUUAUGGAAUUGACAAUAAAGCAAACUUUGACUUUGAAAUAUGAAGGUCCUCUGAAGAUGCCUCAUAAUGCCACACGUUGCCAUAUUGGCUAGUACAAGGACUGAUUAAAGCAACACUAGGUAACUUUUCAGUUUUGGUUGAUUUUAGUGAUUCCAGUGGACAAAAGCAGUAGUUUUUUUGCCUUAAGAAAGACUGCGUUUCCCAUGACGACCAGUGCACACCGGCACAAUGUCGUAAAAUAAUCUGGCUGCUUGCAGAUGGAUUAAACAAUAUUUCUGUUUCCGGCGGCUGUGUGAAGGAUGAAUAGUAAUAAGGUAAUGAAUCCAUUUGUGGCUAAACAAUAGCAUAUGACUGUUAGCGACCGUAAGCCUAACCCCUCCACCCCACUUGAACUUGUCAGCGCUGACGAGUGAAAGCCGGGCCAAUGUUUAUUCUUGAGUAUCCUUUUAUCCUGGUUGCCUCUUUUUAUUUCCUCCUCGGACAAAAUAUUUUGUCUCUUUUGUUGCUCUGCCAUCAUCUCAAGUGUUCGCAUCGACUUCCAUCUUUAUUAUGAAAGGGGAAGUGACGUAUGCUGUAAAGCAGUCAGCACAUUUGUAUUUUUUGUGUGUGGCAGGGUUCCUGCCACCCUCCUCAAAGAUAAUUAGUGCCUGUGAAAGCAAUACAGAC